AUGUUUGUCUCUUUCCCAACCGCUGAAGAGAGUCGGCAAAUUCAUUCACAGGAAGAGCCUCAUAUUCCCGAGAGCUCGCUUCCAAGUGUUCCUGCACAUCCCUUUGUGGACCAGCCUUGCAACGGUCAAACGUUACCGCAAACGCAAGGCUCAGGAUGUACGACACAACCAUCAAGGAACAAUGAAUCGAGCCCAAACCAGGCCGAUCCCGUGGAUAAUGCUAUAGCAAUCCAUGGCGCACCAGAUGCCACUCUUCCUGACUCCCAACGGUAUCCUGGCUUCAAAGAAGCCACCCUCGAAACGCACUGGAUUGAUGGCUCAAGAGGCCUUGUCAAUAAGCGCACCGGCCAAGCACACAUGCAAACCGUGCUGAGAACGGCCAACCAAUUCGUUAUCAUGAGUUUUCCACUUUCGAAAGCAACAGAACUAACUGAUCAAUUUAUCACAGAGCGUGCAACGAGCUCCUAUACAGGAGUCGUCUUCACCCUUCUUCAAUUACAUCCUUGGGAUACACAAGGCAACAUCAUGAGAGUUCCGCGCAGAAUCCCCAGCAACUGCGCUCCCGACGUUUCGAAAGAUGACGUCUCGUGCGCCCUAUGCGGAGACAAAUCUCACCGUCUCGAGGAUUGCGUUGGUCCGCCAAACAGAUUUAAAGGCGCUAUACUUGGUUGCCCGGCAUGCAACACCCUUAUGCAUUCGUUUGAUGAUUGUCCCCAGGUCAAAGGCACCACAGGAAAAGCGCCCAUGUCAUUGGAGAGAAAAUUUGAACUCAUAGUAGUCAAACGGCAAGACAAGCCCAUGUUCCUCUGCGAUCCGGGCUUCACGCCUGAGGAUUAUGCCAACCUCUUGCCCAGGUACCCUAUAAGAGCAAUGCCUUGGUCCCCGAGUUUCACAAGAGAUCAAUUUGACAAGGGCGGGCCGUGGCUGCAGUACAAUUACCAAACUGCCACUCCAGAACUGCCCAGAGACCCAUGGGGUGAGCGUACUUUACAAGCUCUUCGCUCGGGUCGUGUGCCAGAAAUUUGGCCGGGAUACGCUUAA